UAAACAUACAUACAGUAAGUUGCUUGGACUACAACACCGAAUUUAGAAUUGUAAACAGUUCAAUUUCAGUGGACAGUGUUGUAGACAUGAACAUUAGAGAAUGCUCAUGGUUGUAGACUUAUAGACUGCAGUUUAAGAUACUACGAAAGCUCAAAACGUACGAAGUGACAGUGGGUUGCGACGGAUAAAAGAGACAACUGUAAACAGCAAAAUGGGAAUACAAAAAUAACUUGGGACUGUCCCAUUCAUAACAUUAUUACAGUGAUUACACCAACUCCGACAAAACGGCGCCUGCGAUAUUGUUUUUUCGAGUGGUGGUAUUAUUAUUACCUACUCCAAUGGUGGUUUGACCACAUCCACCUACAGGGUUGAAAAGAACACUUUUAUAAAGUAUUUGAGAAAUCAUGUCAAAUCAAUCGCCGUCCAAAUCAGACGUUACAAAUUGUUCAACAACAGACAACAGUGAUCUUGUUGAUUCAGAAUCAAUUAAAGAUUUCGAAUGGACUAUAGGUCUUCAGAAGUGUUUGCUAAUAAAUAUGAGACGUUUGAAGCCUUGUGGAAUUAACAAACACUUAAGUAUAUUUCUUUUAAAAGAAAAACUAAAAAAACAAUACAAUAUUGAUCUACCAAAUGGGGUUAUAUGGGAUUAUUUGGCAACUAAAUGGGAUCUUAAUGCUGCUGAUAUUAUAGAACAUAUCAGUUUUGAUACUAGUAUGAAAGAUUUUAUCUUACCAGAAGAAUUUGACCAGUUAAUUGCUGAAGAAGGAGAAAAAAUUAAAAAACUAGAAAAAGAAAGUCUAAAUGAUGAAGUUAAUAAGAAAAAAUCAUUAAAUUGGAGUGGUAAAACAAGAUCUAAAUCUAAUUCUAUGUCUUCUGUAGAUUCAAAGGAAGGUCUCAAUGAGACGAUUCCUUCAACACUAGAUAGCUCUUCAGUUAAAACAAGCGAAGAGCGUUCUGAUGAUGGUCCAUGUACUAGAAGAUCAUUGCGCACAAAUGAUAAACUAGAAAAUAGUAAAUCUGAUGAAAAAAAUAAGUUAAAAGACUUAAAACAACUACAUAAAAAGAUAUCAAAUCAAUCUAAAGAUUUAGAGAAGAUUGAGACAAUGUCAAAUUUUAGAGGUCGAAAAAGAAAAAGUAGAAAUGUAUCAGAAUCAAGUUUUAGUUCUGAUAAUAGUAAACAGCGUAAGAAUUAUAAAAAUAAUUUAACAGAUUUAACUAUUUCAGAUAGCUCGUCUAGGUCAGUAACUCCAGAAAUGUUGAGAGGUAGAACAUCAAACCGUUCUGUUACACCUGAAACUAUUAGUAGAAAAUCAAACUUGCGCUCUAGUGAUGAAGACCAGAAAUCAAAACUUGCAUUAGAAAAAGCAUGUCUAAAAUUUGGUCAUAACGUUGAUUUGAUUUUACCAGAAGUAAAAAUUGAACGUCUAAAAAAUGAAAAGCAAUUUUCAUCUUCUAUAGAAACUAAGUCCAAAAAUUUGAUACAAAAUAAAAAUGAUAAAAAUGAAGCAAAUAACAAACUUAAAGGUAAAAUACGUAAUAGAGUAACAUCUGAUCUAUUAGUUGUUCAACAAUCUCCAGAAAUACAAUCAUUAGGCAGGCGCUCUUGUAGUAACAAAAAUUCAUAAAAUUUAAAAAAGAACAUAUGAAUUCCAUAUUAUUGACCAUUUUAUUAAAUUGUACAUAUAAAUUUAAUUAUAAUUAUUUGUUGUAACUAACAUUAAUAUCACUAAUAUAACUUUGUAGUUAUGUAUAGUAUUAAUUAUAAAUGUGAAUUUCCUAAUAAAAGCACGAUAUAAAAGAAAAAAAUGUAUAUUUUUGUUUUGUUUGUUAUGUGAAUUAAAUAAAGAAAAAAAGUUUCUAAGUGAGACUAACUCAAUUGUUUGUACU